ACAGUGGGGCGGCUUGUUAUAAAACACACUCAAGCUCGCAGACAAACCAGUCAAAGUCUAGUGCCUAACGCAACUAAACAAACAAAAUGUUCAAAUUUGUAGUCCUCGCUAUGGCCGUCUGCGCCGCCAACGCUGGCAUCAUUGGCCACGGUGCCGUUGUGGCCCCUUUAGCUGUUGCCCAUGCCCCUGUAGCUGUAGCUCAUGCCCCCGUCGCCACCUCAUACCAAAACUCUAACCAAAUUAGCGUCCACCCAGCUCCAGUAGUUGCCACCCAUGCUGUUGCCGCCCCAGUUGCUGUAGCCCAUGCUCCCAUUGCCGUAGCUCACGCCCCCGUUGCCUACGGAAUCGGACAUGGUCUUGGACUUGGACUUGGCCAUGGUCUUCUUCAUUCAUUCAAUCUCCACCGUAGAGGCAACAUCAUUACCACUAUGUUCAAAUUGCUUGUACUCGCUGUUGCCAUUUAUAGCGCCAACGCUGGCAUUAUUACAACAGGAUUAGGAAUCGGAGGAAUCGAAGGAAUCGGACAUGGAGCUGUCGUCGCUGCUGCACCAGUUGCUGUAGCUGCCCCUGUUGUUAAAGCCGUUGGUGCUACUUCGUACCAAAACAACAACCAAAUUAGCUUUCAUCCAACUGCUGUAGUUGCUCAUGCUCCCGUCGCUGUAGCUCACGCUCCUGUAGCUGUAGCCCAUGCUCCUAUAGCUGUAGCUCAUGCUCCUCUAGCUAUAGCUCACGCUCCUAUUGCUUUAGGUCAUGCUGUAGGUGUUGGAAGCACCCAAAGAUUCACUAUAAAAGCCGCACCGAAUACCCCAAUCGCCAUUCGAUUCAACAGAACGAACCAACAAAUUACAAAAAUGUUCAAAUUCGUAGUCGCUCUCUCCCUCUUGGCCGUUGCUAAAGCCGGCAAUCUCGGUUUGGCCUACUCUUCCCCCGUCGUAGCCGCCCCAAUUGCCCACGUCGCCCAUGUCGCCCCCGUCGCUCAUUACGCCGCCCCCGUUGCUCAUUACGCCGCCCCCGUUGCUCACGUCGCUGCUGCCCCCGUAGCUGUCAAAACUGCCGUCCCAGUCGCCACCUCUUACCAAAACACUUUCAAAAUCUCUAAGACUGCUGUCCCAGUCGUCGCUGCUGCCCCCGUCGUCAAAGCCGCUCCAGUACUCUCCUACGCUGCUGCCCCCGUAGUCAAAACUGUAGCUGCUGCUCCAGCUUUGUCCUAUGCUGCCGCCCCAGCUUUCGCUUAUGGUGGUCUCCACCACUACUAAGCUAGUGCCUCGAUGGUUAAUUUAAUCGUCGCUUAUUUAUUACUUCCUGAUGAUUUUUGUACAUAUUUAUUUUGAUAAAUUUUCUGUGAAUAAACUGAUUCCUACGUGAAA